GUACUGAAACACAGUGCCGCAGCCAGCAAAUAUUAAACACACGGGUAGGAUUGAGCAAGUUUUGGGAGAAAAAGGGGGAGAAAUUGGGACGAGCUAGUGAUAUAGGAGGACGCUGGUAGAACAGGGAGACACGGGGGGCUGCUGGAAUCGUCCUACCAGCCGCUCCUUUAGCCCAGAGGAGGGUGAGAAGGCUGGCAUGGACCGCUUGUAACCUAACGGAGACCGUUCCGCCGUCCGUCUGCAGCGCGAGCGCGCCUUUGUGUUAAAAAGCAGAAUGACUGUAAUGAGGCGCUAGCUGUGUGUCCGAGCGGCACAGCGGGACUUUAACCCUGCCUCAUCCUACUCUGUGUGUCAAUGACCGCAUCACCCAUGUGUCAGCUAACUGCUGACGAUAUGUGAGCAAACCCUUCGGUUUAAAGAUGGUAGAAAUGACCGUUAAUCUGGUCUCGAGCGGAUUUUGACAUUUCUCAAUCCGGCUGUAACGUGUUCAGGAACGAGCAGAAGGCCCGUCUAUCCCGGUGUUACAGCGGCGCUCAGCAUUGUUUACAUCCGCGCAUUAAAAAUUCAUCGUAUCUGCGUGGAUCUCCACACGCGCUCCCGCCGGUGUAAGGGAGGACAGUUUGGCAACAUGACGAGCCUGCGUCAGAGGAAAGGCAACAGGGGGAAGGAGGCGACUCCGGCUGCCGAAGUUCAGUCCCAGGAGUCCAACUGUUGCACCCAUCACCAUCCAGACAAGAUCCUGCAGGGCGAUUGGUCAUGGGGCGCUAUAAUCUGGACAUCGAUUGGUUGGUCUGUUUCUGUGGGUCUGGGCCUUCUGUGCUCCAUCUACGUGGCCACGCUGCAUGAGAACGACCUGUGGUUCUCCAACAUCAAGGAAGUGGAGAGGGAGAUCUCCUUCCGGACGGAAUGUGGACUCUACUAUUCGUACUACAAGCAAAUGUUGCAGGCUCCAUCCAUACAGGAAGGGCUGUCAGAACUGAUCCAUGACAACUUGACAGAAUCAAAGAGGACCAUCAAUCUCUUACAGCGGAUGAAUAUCUACCAAGAGGUGUUUCUCAGUGUUCUGUACAGACUGCUGCCCUUACAGGCGUAUCUGGAGCCCGUGUAUUUCUACAUUUACACAGUGUUCUCUCUCCAAGCCGUGUAUGUGAUCGCUCUGUACCUCACAGCAUGGCUCCUGGCUGGUUCCUGGCUGGCUGGGUUACUGACUGGAGUCUGGUACAUUCUUAAUAGGGUGGAUACCACUCGGGUGGAGUUCACCAUCUCCCUCAGGGAGAACUGGUCUUUGCCCUUCUUUGCCCUGCAGGUCACUGCUAUCACUUGCUACCUCAGGCCUCAGCUCAGCGCCUUGCAGCAGAAAGUGAUGGUGUGGCUGAUGUACGUGACCACAUGUUGCUUCUGUCUGACAUGGCAGUUCAACCAGUUCAUCCUGCUGGUUCAGGCUCUCAUUGUUUACAUCCUGGACAUCGUCGACCUCUUGACGACAACGCAGGUGACCACCCUGUACCUGGUUCAGGUGAGCGGUCUGCUGAGCGUUUGGCUGCUGCAGUUCUGUAACUCCAUGAUCCUGGGAUCGCUGGUGCUCAGCUUCAUUGUUGCAGCGCUCUUCAUCAGACACUGCCAGCCUGAUUUGAAGACUGGAGGCCUGCUGGUUCGUCUGGCCAAAGUUCUCCUCCACAGCAUCCUUGUUCUCCUGCUCGCCUUCAUCAUCAACUCCUUGACUAAGAAAGCUCUUCAGCUCAGAUCAGACGAGCAUAUUUUUAAAUUCAUCAAGUCAAAGUUUGCCUUGUGGCCAACGAGGGACUUUGAUGCCAGUCUGUAUCUGUGUGAGGAGGCCUUUGGGCUGCUGCCACUGGACACUCUGGAGCGCCUGGCUGGCACCCUGCUGCUGUACCCAUACGUCCCCACUGUCCUGCUGCUCAGUGGCAUGCUGGCAGUGGCAGUGCUGCACAACCUCAGGCCUAAAGGAGGCUGGGAGGAAGAGAAGAGAACAGCUGCAGGGGGACAUGUGGAUGCUUUCCGGCCAGAUGUGGCCUACAACCUGCUGCACUCUGUGCUCUAUGGUCUCCUGGCUUUCAGCACCAUGAGAAUGAAAUACAUUUGGACAGGCCACAUGUGUGCAGUCGCGGCGUAUGGUGUGUGUGGGACCGACCUGUGGGCUCUGCUUCUCAAAGCUCUCCGCUGCAACACUAAAGUUCUGCUGCGGUUUAUCAGAUAUGCAGUUCCAGUGCUGAUGAUUGGCUGGCUGUAUUAUAAGUUCUGGCCUAAGCUGAUGGAGGAGCUAUCAGAGCUGAGGGAGUUCUAUGAUCCAGACACAGUGGAGCUGAUGACCUGGAUUAGCACCAAGACCCCGAAGCAGGCCGUGUUUGCUGGAAGCAUGCAGCUCCUGGCCGGCAUCAAGCUGUGUACAGGCAGAGUUCUCACCAACCACCCACAUUAUGAAGAUAAAGACCUGCGGGAGCGGACCAGACAGGUGUAUCAGGUGUAUGCUCGGCGUUCCCCAGAGGAAGUGUACGACAUCCUGAGGGCGGUGGGGGCCGACUACGUGGUUCUGGAGAACAGCAUCUGCUACGAGCGGAGGCACCGGAGGGGCUGCAGACUGCGGGACCUGCUGGACCUGGCCAACGGACAUAUCAUGGACGGACCAGGUGAGAACGAGCCGGACCUCGUCCCCGCCUCCCACCCUCGCUUCUGCGAGGCCAUCAAGACGGACGAGGCGGCUUACAGCGCUCUGUUCACCAGGACAUUCCAGAACAAAACCUUCUACGUCUACAGGCUCAAGAAGAAACGUAAGAAAAGCGGCAAAGUGUCCCCCGAGUCCGGCGUGAAGCAGUAGUGGGACCAGAAAACACAGAACCAGAGGGACUGUACACAGCUGUGAUCGUGACUUUUGUUUUGAUGUUGCUUUGUUCUUCGCUAAGCUUAACUCCAUGAAGUGUGGCGUCAACGCAGCGGGCCAGUGAAGUCCAGCGUUGCACUUCUGUUAUUAGCGGAGACCUGAGGCAACUCUUAAAAAUGCUGCUGUUUGCUACUGAGAUCAUGUUUGUCUAAGAAAACAAAAAUUAUUAAAACAAAUGAAGAGUUUCUACGUGACCACAAUAGAGCCCUGAAAGUCAAAACAUCAGGGCAGUUAGGAUUUAUUUGAAGAUGGAUAGUUGAAGCGAUAUAAAAUAGAAGUAAAAAAACCGCAGGGUUUAACAAUUAGGUUUGUGGUAAUAGGAUAGAUUUGGCUACUUAUUCAGAAAUCUUUUGGUUUAUUAGUUUCUUGGUUUGUGGAUCUGAGAUUUUAGAUAUUUUCUAAGGCAGCAAAGUGUUUCCACCAAGAACUGAAUCAUUCCAGGCCGUUCUCUGCCUGCCACUCAUCUCAGAUGAUGUUGCCAUGUUCUACAAAGUGUCAAUGCUUACAUUAUGAAUCUCUGACUGUAUGAGCUGAAGUGUUUCUGAAUGUUUUUCACCAUAUCAGUUCAUCUAAGCAACCUGCCUCUGUACAGCAGACCUUCUCACACCUAACAUCAGCAAAAACAUCAACCAGCUCUGUGAAUUAUUUAUUUAUAGAGACUAAUCUCUAUCCUACUAAGUUUUGAGGACUUUUCAAGCUGCCAAUGUAUCAUGUAUAAACGCCUACCCCCUGUCACCUAGCAACAAUGACAUCCCUACUAUCUCAAGCUGGGAAAAUGUUUUUCCUCUUCAAUUAAGUUAUUAAAUUCAAUUUUUUUUAUUAUUUUUUAAUUUUUUUACAAAAUCAAAUGACAUGAACCUAACAAUACAAUCGCUUUAAUAUUUCAUAUUUUAAAUCACCAGAUUUUAAUAUACUUUCAUGUAAAACUCUACUCGGCUACUGCACUUCCACUUUAUCCACUUUGUUUCAAGAAUAAAAAUCUGUUUGGCCUGGGGAGAAAAAAAGAUACUCCAGACCCGUCCAUCAAAUUCAGGGUUAAAAGUAUAGAUUUGGAGGAGCCUUUGAAUUCAGACAGCCUUCAGCUGUACUGAAAGGGUUGGGGAUCACUGUUAUAAAGUAAAAAAACAAACACUUCUGUCAAUUUCCAACUUGCAAAAUAUCGACGGUACAACUGAACAAUGUUUUAUCACCACUUGUGUCAAAUUCACUCUUUAAAUAUGGAGACACUUCACUAAGCUCAGCCUCUGGCAGCCAAUCCAAGUAUCGAUUAAAAUAUUUCACUGCCAAAUUGGAAACUCUUAAAAACAGAUUUGACAUCUGAAGGUGAAAAUUCAGCAGCAGCAGCUAUAUUCACAGAUAUAAUAUGAUAUGGAAACAUAUAUCAAGGUUACAUGGAAACAUUUCUUAAGGUAAAAUCCACCAAAGUAUUUAUCUUUGGGUUGUUUUUUUUGUUGUUGUUGUUGUUUUUGGAUUGUUGAUAGUACAGUAGCACAAUUUUAUUUGAACAAAUUGCCUUCCAUUUAUUUUUAAUUGUUUUCUUUUUGUUCAGAAAGGGCAAUAUUGCCACAUUAAACACAUCAGUUUCAGCAACACAUUGCAACCGCUGUGACACUAAAAUAUUUUAAUGAUUAAAAUAUUCUUUCUUCCUUUCUGCUGGGAGAAAAAAAAACUGUGGCCAUGACUUAACCUCUUUGUUAAGAGUAACAACAAUAAGUUGUUUUCUAUGGGAACAACUUAUUUGUCAAAAAGGUAAACAUUGAGGAUAAUUAUUCUUUUUUUUUGGUCAGACAUCUGAGGUCAGAGCAGCUUCUUGAUAUCUGUGUCGCCUUUGUUGUUGUGAUUGCUGUCAUGUUUCUCUUUGUGACUCGUCAGCGGCAGCCUCAACCUUUCCACUGCCGUCACUCCUGCAUACAAACACGCAUGAAUAAUGGAAGCUGUGAGGAAAUUGCAGCAGGCUGACAACCGCACUGAUUCCUCCCCGCAAUUUCCAAGUAAUUCGGGGGUUUUGCCGGGGAAUGGCAACACUCUCAUAUGAAACCCAGGAGGAGGAAGAAGGUGGAAAAACAGACUUACGUUAAAGAAAAGUAGAGAAAUGAGAGCAGAUCACAACUCGGAUCCAUAAUGAUCUAAAGCCUUAUUUUCUAUAUCCUCGGCUUAAGGAAAGGCUCUGAUUGAAACAGAGAUGUAGAUGCCAGUCAGACAAGGCUCUGGUGUGUGUGUGUGGGGGUGUGUGUGUGUCUCCUCACACACCAGCUUUCCAGUAUUUGUUUGCAUGUUAAUAGGAACGUCGCUCUUUGAUAAUUUACACCCUCCUGCUUUUGAAAACGUGUCGUUCGUUAACUCCCGUCGUAAUGCAUACCAAUCGGCUUGUUCUCCGUCUGUCCUGCCUUCAUGCUGGAUGUUUAAUUAAGUAGAUGCCGGAUCACUUUAUUUGAGAGGAGAGUGAUUCCAUUAUGUUUGCUUAAUAGGAGUGUAGUAAUGUAAUAUUUUUCCAACACUAGUAAUUUCCAUACAUAUUGGGAUUGGUGGUUCUGCUGUCGACGCCUAUGGUGUUCUUUAACAGACAGGAUGAUUCCUGCUGGAGAACAACAGAGGAGCUCAAACAGUUUUCUGGCUGUUCGCUCCAGAAUCAGGUGUUGAAUGUGGAUUUGAAAAGAGCAACAAGGUCAAUGAGCUGCUGGAUGAUGAUGCUCAGCACAGCAGAAACUCAUGAAACACUAGAAUGUAUUUCUGAAAUGGCAAAUUUAAUUUUCAGCUGGAGUGUUUUGUUUUUUUUUCUGAAUGAUUUGGGAUGUGCUGCUGCUCCAGAAUUAAUUAUAUUCUGAGUUUGUUUUGAGCAUUAAACAAAGUUCACUGGUGAUGUUUUUAUGUAUGUAAACAUGAGUACAGAUACAUGCUGUCAGAUGUUUUAGCAUCUCAUUGGCCAACUUGAUCAGGGCUUUGCUAAGCUAUUUAUUCAGUUUAAACAAAACAUUUUCUUGUUUAAAUCAUAAAGGUUAAAGCCAACACAAAGUCAUGUAUAAUUCAGAGAUGGACUGAAAACAAAAUGGGUUUCAACAUUUUGCAAAGAAAAAUUUAACAUUUUAAUCCAGGUCACUCUUAAGAGAUUGGAUACAGAUUCUCAUACUGAUUUAUGUCUGGACUUUGACUAAGCCACUCUGUUUGAUUAGUGCUGGCUGCAUGUUUAGGGUCGUCAUGCUGAAAGGUCAAUUUAAACUGGAGCAGCACAAGCAAAUGUGGUGGAUUAGCAGAGCUUUCCAACAACUGACGGUGUGUCAGGAGAGGUUACUGUGGAAUGUUGUCUCUGCUGCCUAGCAUGUUACCCUGUUGAGCUGCUAGCAUGUUACCCUGUUGAGCUGCUAGCAUGUUACCCUGUUGAGCUGCUAGCAUGUUACCCUGUUGAGCUGCUAGCACGUUGCCCUGUUGAGCUGCUAGCAUGUUACCCUGUUGAGCUGCUAGCAUGUUACCCUCUUGAGCUGCUAGCAUGUUACCCUGUUGAGCUGCUAGCAUCUCAUGACAGUUGCUAGAUAGUCUUUAGUCAGAGGCUUCUUGGGAGUUGUUGAAAGACUGACUGCUACUGGAGAUCCUUCCUGUCCACAUCAUCACCAAAUAUCGAAUAUUUGAUGUGAGUUCUAACUUUUAAGUUUCCUUUGGGAUAAAUAAACCUUUUCUUUUAACUGAAUGACAAAAUGGCCACCAAAAUAUCUAUUUUUUUUACGCUGCAACACGACUUAUGUCGGAGUGUCACGUAGAAUGUAGAUAAAAUAAAUGAACUCUGUUAUAAAAGGCUUUGAAAAGAAUGGAUUCAUAAAUUUAUAAGGAGCUACAGAACUCUCCACCUUCAUUACAUUAUGUUUGGUAUUUUCCCUGUGAUGUGAUCAUGCAGUGUUGUGGCAAAUGUGAAAUUGUAAAAAGGAGCAUGUGUAAGACGUUGUUUUUUGUCUCUUGGACACAUUUAGUGCAAACACAUCCACCUGCAGGAAACUUUAAGGAAACAACUCCUCAGAAUGUAUGGACUGUAAUGACAACAUGGCGAAUGUUCAGUCCUGGAUCCACUCAGCUCUUAAAUAUGAAGCCAGUACUGCAGAAGUGGGUCAGUUGACUCUGCCAGUUCUCGUGCCAAACCCAUUGUUACAGGAGGAAUCUGUUAUUUUUUACAUCUUAUAUUAAACACAUCUAUGUUCCGAAAAACUUUGCUCAAUAAAAGUACUCUCCGC